AUGGUGACGGAACUAUUCUUGAAGAAACUUGGCAGAGUUGAACUUCAUCCAGAAGUAGAAAGGAUUCGCAAGAAUAUGGUAAAAAGAUGUGGUGGUUUGCCACUUGUACUUGUCACAUUGGCUGGAAGCAUGAGGGGAUUGACUGGCAUUUAUGAAUGGAGAGAUGCAUUGGAAGCACUGGAAGAAUCAUGUAUGAGACAAGCGAACGUGGAAGAUAAGGUUUUGUUAAUACUCUCUUAUAGUUAUGAUCGACUGGGAGAUGAAAAGCUAAAAAAUUGUUUACUGCGUUGCUCCCUGUAUCCUGAAGACUAUUGUAUUCCAAUGGUCAAACUGAUUGAAAAUUUCAUUUCAGAAGAGCUGAGGGAGAGAAGAUCUAGCUUUAGAGCUGAGAUUGACCAAGGUCGUGCAAUACUGAAUAAAUUGGAGAGACCCUGCUUACUGGAAAGGGGUUCAACUGGUACGUAUGUGAAGAUGCAUGAUUUGAUCAGAUGCAUGGCAAUAAAGAAAACUAAAGGUAACCCUAGAUACAUGGUAAAAGCUGGACAUCACUUGAGGGAAAUACCAGACAUGCAUGAGUGGACAGAAGAAUUGGAUAAGGUUUCCUUGAUGGAAAACUCGAUGGAGGAAAUUUCAUGUGACGCAUCACCCACGUGUCCUAGACUUUCAACAUUGAUUUUGAGAGAAAAUCCUCUGAAAUCAAUUCCAGAUUGUUUCUUCAAGCAAAUGUGUGGUUUAUGCGCUCUUGAUUUAUGUGGCACUAAAAUUCAGAAAUUGCCAAAUUCCAUAUCAGACUUGGAGAAUCUUAGAACAUUAGUGCUGAAAGAUUGUUAUGAACUGGAAUUAGUUCCAUCAUUGGAAAAGCUCAAGGAAUUGAGACAUUUGGAUCUCACAGCUACUAGUAUUCAGGAACUACCCCAAGGGAUGGACAGCUUAACCAAACUCAGAUUCCUAUAUUUGAGUUGUUAUAAAUUAAAGAUGUUACCGACGCAGACUUUGCGUAGACUUUCAAAACUUCAGCUGCUCUCGUUGCCAUUUCAUAUAUGUGCACCAAUUGAAGAAGUUGAGGCACUGAAACAGCUGGAAGUAUUUAAAGGCAGAUUAAAUAGCGUAUGUGAUAUCAGUCGUUUACUAAAGUCUCGACAAAGUGACAAGCAACUCAGUUCCUACAGACUUUUUUUAAACUCUGAAGAAAGCUGUAAAGUUCAUGUUGCAAGUAAUAGACUACACUGUAAACUGGUACACUUUGAAGCUGAAAGUCUUGUGGAAUCCUCUUCACCCAAAGACGAGAAUUUGCUUCUACGAGAUAUUGAGAAACUAAUCUUUAUGAAUAGUUUCUUGGGUAGUUCCUUAUUAGAUGAAUUCCCAAUUCUGAAUAGUGCUAGAGAUUUAAAAUUUUGCAUAAUUGCAAAAGAGGAUAAAAUAGAGUGCAUUAUGAGGUCUUCGUCUGCCAAAGAAGAACUGUCUAGUGGGGCCCCAUUUGAAAGCCUUCAAUCGUUGUCCCCGGAAAACUUGCCAAAUUUUUUUGGUCUCUUCAAGUGGGAAGCAGUUGCACCUCUUCCACAUGGCACAUUUUCCUGGCUCGAUGAGUUGAUGAUUCAAAGGGGUGAUAAAAUCAAGAGGCUUUUCCCUCAUAGUCCGGCACAGAAUUUCCAUAAGCUCCAACACUUGACUGUCUAUAACUGUGUACAGAUGGAGGAGAUAAUAGAAGAUGACAAGAAUGAAGGGAGAAACAGUAGUAGCAGUGCUGAUCUCACAUUGCCAAGUUUAAAGAGUUUGUGUCUUGGGAAUAUGCCACAAAUGAAGAGCAUCUGCAUGGGGAUGAUUUGUUGUGAUUCUAUUCAAGCCAUUUACUUGGGAGGCAUUAAAAAGAUAAAUAAAGUGCCUUUAUACCUGCCACUUAUUGAUGGACAACCUUCCCCUCCCCCAUCUCUUAGAGAAAUCAGGAUAAAGAGGGUAGAUAAAGAAUGGUGGGAAUCAUUGGAGUGGUACCAUCACAAAGCCAACAGCGUCCUUGAACCCUUGUUGAAGCUUCAGCAAAUGAAAAAAAUAAGUGAAGCAACUUAUCAAGUCUUCCUCCAAGUAACAUUGAAAAUGCUAGUUACCAUUGCAUAUCAGCUUCAGUCAGAGUUGCAACUAGGACAGCAAUCAAAUGAAAGAAUCGCCAUUGUAUCACCGUACUAG